AUAAGUCAUGCCGUGUGGAUUUUCUGUUCAAAAAUCGGUUGAAAUGAGGGUUUUCCGGGCGAAAAGCGAGAGAAAAUCCUGUCCAGAGUGUCCAGCCUGGCGAGACGCAAUGGCCGAGUUCAUCCCAAGCUUUUUUCCCAGCGAAACCACCAGGUCUGGCUUUACGAGGCGCUGGGGAUGCCGUUGAUUGGCAGCCAACUCGACUCAACAAACGGAAAUUACGUUUGCCAAAUUUUUAAUUGAGUGUCAUUGUUAGAGUCUCCAAAUUACGGCAUUUAAAGUGUAAUGCCGUUAGUGCGAUAAAACCAUGAUGGAGGCUCAGCGAGUGUGGAUGUGCUUCGUGACCAUCCUUAGCGUCGAGUUUGUUGCCUUGGGAUACGAGCCCGACUUCAUCUACCCGCUGGAAAACGUGACCAUUCCGCAAGGCAGAGACGCGACGUUCACGUGCGUGGUCAACAACCUGGGAGGUUAUAGGGUGAGUGCGGGAGGCGACACUUCAAAAGCCAGGGUAGCGUGGAUCAAGGCGGACACCAAAGCGAUCCUGGCCAUCCACGAGCACGUCAUCACCAACAACGCGCGCCUCUCGGUCACGCACAGCGACUCCAACACGUGGACGCUGCUGAUACGGAACGCGAGGAGGGAGGACAGGGGCCAGUACAUGUGCCAGGUCAACACUGACCCCAUGAAAAGCCAGACCGCGUUUCUUGAGGUGGUCAUCCCUCCGGACAUCGUUUACGAAGAGACCUCGGGUGACAUGAUGGUGCCUGAGGGCGGUUCUGCCAAGUUGGUGUGCAAGGCCAAGGGCUACCCGAAGCCCAAAAUCGUUUGGAGACGCGAGGACGGCGGCGACAUCAUCCUGCGAGGCCUCCAGUCCACCAGAUCAAAAGUCGCAUCUUACGAAAACGAGGUGCUUUCCCUGGUGAAGGUGACGCGGUCUGAAAUGGGCGCCUACCUGUGCAUCGCGGCCAAUGGAGUGCCGCCGUCGGUCAGCAAGAGGAUGAUGGUCCACGUGCACUUCCACCCCCUGAUCCAAGUGCCGAACCAACUUGUAGGAGCGCCGACCAACACCGAUGUCACCCUGCAGUGCCACGUGGAGGCCUCCCCGAAAGCCAUUAACUAUUGGACUCGCGAGAAUGGCGAGAUGAUCAUCACAAGCGACAAGUACCAGAUGACCGAGUUUAAUAGUUCGUACUACAGUGUCCAGAUGCGCCUCGUCAUCCGCAGGUUCAACAAAGUGGACAUUGGCGGAUACAAAUGCAUCUCUAAAAACUCGAUUGGUGACGCCGAGGGCAACAUUAGAUUAUAUGAGAUGCAGCUCAAGGGCAACCACGUGGACAAGUCCGACCUGGACCUGGAGUCGGAGUUGGACAACGGCUCGGACGAGACGGACGAAGACGCGAACUCGUCGAACGCGAUCAACGACGGCGGCGAGUCGAGCGUGCGCGGCGAAAUGGCCGGCGUGUCUUCGAGCAGUCCGCACUUUUUCCUGCACCCGCCGGUGCUGCUCGCGCUGCUGGUCGUGUGCAUUUGACCGAUCGCGCCAUAGACAAAAGUUACGUAUAGUGCGACGAAAUUAUAAAUCCCAUUCAUAUGUGUCUGUGCCAAAUCCCACAACUGCUGAGAGAGACUCUGCACAAGCGAGAGCUGAUUGCGAAUUAAUUAUAUCAUGUAAAUAGGGCGGUCGAGUGAAAGUGGAGGGGGCGAACCUGGCUGCUGCGUUUGAUCCGAGCUUGGCGGAAAAUUAUUCAAAAAUUUUGCUCCUCGACUCGAGCACUUUUCGGUCCACGCAGCUCCGGUCUGAGCUUGAAAGUGGACAUGUGAGAGGGUCGAUAAGGCUCUGGAAACUUAAUUACAUAGAAUCAAAAAUUCCAAACAUCUCAGAUCCUGAUAGAUCUUUUGUUAACCAGUAAAGUUUAAAGUUGUUUUUUGGCGAUUAAUUCAGAUCAAAAUUGAUGGAGUUAUUUCAUUUUAAAACUUUUCUGAUUAUUAAAUAUUGAAAUUUUUAUGUUUUCGAUCUUAAAUUGAGAUUUCCAGGAUCUUUAAUUGACUCAUAUUAAUAAAACCGAACGCAGUCAAUGUGAGAGCAAAAUGGAAUUUAUGGACAUUAUUAUAUAAUUAGUCGCCGGCGUUUGUUUGUAUAAAAAAAAGGGUCAAACGGCGUAUAAUCUUUAAAGGCAAAUAAUAAAAAAAAAAACACAUGAAAAUAUAUCUGUUGACAGGGAAUUAAUGUGCUCAUGAUAUCACACAUAUAAAAUAUUGUAUCAAAACAUUUGUUGACUGAUUUGUUGCCAGGACGGAAAUCGGUUUUCCGGUGUUGUUUUGUUACCCUGAAAUAAUUCUAUAUAGCGUGAGCGAGUUGGGGAUUUUCAGAAGAGACGUGUGACUUCUGAAAGCUCUAAUUAGUUGCAAAAAUUUUCUAAUGCACCAGGGGCGUUUUUCAGGGCGGCUGAACUGCAAAAUAAUUCGAAUUUCACAUUGAACUAAAAUGAGAACUUUUUACACAAUAAUUGCAGAUAUUCUCAAAUUAAUCUAAUGAAAACAAGAGAGAAAUAAUAUGGAAAUUAGUGAGAACUUCAUGAAGUCGCACGUCUUUUCAGAAACUCUCCGGCUCGAGUGUGAUUAAACGGUGAGCGUGGAAAAUAACUCGUUAGCUGUUCGAGCGAAUGUCUUUUUCAAAAGGAGCAAUUUCUGUAUGUAAAUAUCUAAGUAUGUAUAAAUAUAAAAGUCUCAACUUGAGCGCAGAUUGCGUGCUUAUUUGCGAGCAAAGUGUUGCUGAAUGAAAGUGAAAAAAAAACACAAGCGAGAGGGAGAAAAAUGAAAUUAAAUUCUUCCACGUGCUCUCUCCUUGUAUAGAGAAACUUGUUGAACCCAGACGGUUUUCGAGCAAUAAAUAAAUAUAUAUAAACAAUAUUUUGUCCUGGUCACAUGUAUUGAAUGCUAAUAGACGAUAAUAAAACUAAACUUCCCAAA